AAGAGAAGUUCUAUUGUUGUCAGAAGAUUCAACCGUCAUAGGAAUUCAUUGUUCAAAAUUCAGAAUUUUUUCAAAUAAUUUGUAUACUUUUGUUUGUGGUCAAGUCACUAAUGGUGUUGUAUAUGAACUUGAAAAGUUUCGUAGCUCAAAUAAUUACACUUUCGCAGAAUUAACAAAGUGGGUUCAUAAUAUAAUGGGGCUUAAAAGCGAAACUUUUUCAGAACAUGCAAUGCGUUACUCUGUUAAAUGUUUAUUAAAAAAUCGUUUAGAUAUGAGUAGAAAAGGCUAUAGCUUUUCAGAACAUUUUUUAAAUGAAACGUAUACGUACCCAAAAAUGGGUACUAAUAAAGCAAGCUCAACAGACAUAUUGGCAGAGGGUUGUGAAAAUCCUAAGUGUUCAAAACAGAAAAUAAAAACAUUAAAGUGCUGUCAACAAAUUCAAAAUUUAAAUUACCAACUUCAACAUGAAAAAGAAGAAGUUGAAGAAGAACUUACACAAGAAUAUAAGGAAAAUCAGCAAUUAUCUGAUCAACUAAAUAAAAUCAUAAAAGAUAAAACAAUAUCAGACAAAGAACUUUCAGACUUGAAACAAAAAUAUGAAACUGUUAUAAACAAACUUCAAAAGUAUAAUACUAGGAACAUUAACAAAAAAAUUCAGAGAAGAGACUCUAAAUUAGAAACAAUAAACAAAACUUUAACAAAUGAAAAAGAAAAAUCUUCCUUUAUGGAAGAAAGCGUUAUGCAAAGAGAAAAAGAAAUCUUAGUUUUGAAAGAGGAUAAAAGAAAUCUACAAAAAAAAAUAUCAUAUCUUAAGUCCAAACCAGAACUUUUUGAAAAUAAACAGAAUGAAAAUAUUUCUAAAUUGCGCGACGAAAACAAGGAACUUCAAGAAUCGAAUGCCAUCCUACAGGAAAUAAUUGAAGAAUGCACAAAAAUACCUAUUUUUAAGACAAGAAAAGAUGGGUCACGAGAGUUUUGUGAUGAAAUGAAAAAAACAUAUAUGGAAUUAAUAUCAUUAGGUGUUAGCUGUAACAUGUGCAGCAAUGUAAUUAAAUCAGUCAUAAAAAAUAUGACUGGUCAAGAACUGAAUGAUAUGCCAGAAGUUACAUUUGCAAAAAGAAUGGCUCUGCAAGCUAAUUUGAUGGCAAAAUUUCAAUUGGCAGAUACUAUUUUAAGCAAGGACUCUGCAAACACGUUACAGUUUGAUGGCACAAGCAAGUGGGGGGAACAUUUUUUUACUUUUGACAUAACAACUUCAGAAAAAACAUAUUCAGCAAGUUUGAUGGACUUAGCAACAGAAAACAGUGCAACACAAUUAAAUGCAACAAAAGCAUUGUUUAACGAAUUAAGUGAAAUUUAUGUAUCAUUGACUAAUGAAAAAAAUCCUGAAAUACUAACAAAAGUCAUUAGCAAAAUGGUAAAAACCAUUCAUAAUACUAUGAGCGAUAGAGGUCCAACAAAUAAACCUUACGUUAAGCUGUUUGAAGAAUGGCGAAAAACAUUAUUACCCAAAGCUUUAGAAAACUGGGAAACUUUAAAUGAACAAUGUCAGCAAUCAGUUAUAGAAAUUCAUGAUUUUUAUUGUGGAUUACAUUUACUAACAAAUUUUGCUGAUUAUUCUAACAAAUCGUUGAAAAAAUUUGAAGAAAUUUGUACAGCAGAAAAAAUUGGAAUGAAAACUUUAUCCCAAUUUAGUAACUGGGGUACAAGGAGUGAGUCUGCUGCUCAAAGAUUAAUACGCUCGUGUUGUAACUUAUUGCAAAUACAUGGUUGUGAAACUGCUGGUAGGCCACAGCAAUUUAAUGCCUAUUUAUUUGAAAAUGGUUUAAAAAAUUAUCUUGUACCUUUCCGUGGGAAUAGGUUUAACAUUUUAUUUCAAAAUGCAAGAGCAGUAUAUGGUCAUUUGACACAUAUACAAGAUUUUAUUGAAAUGUAUGGGACAGGUAAUAAUCUGUUACUAUCUGUAAAUGCUGACAUUGAAUCCAAAAUUGCCCUUGCUGGUGUUAGAGCUCUUGGUUUAACGGAUGUCCAUAUCAAUCGUCCACUUUGGAAACUUCUUGAUUGUAAUGAUGUGUCUAUAAGUGAAAUGUCACAGUAUUACCAAAAGUUACAUGAUAGUAUUUCAAAUUUAGUACAAGAUUCUUCUCCAAUGUUUGAUGAAAAUUAUCAAAUGUUUGAAAAUUACCCCCCCGAAAAAGAUUUGUUUGGUUUCUUUGCUUUACAUGCUGUGGACGAAGACAGCGAAGAAUUGGAUGUUUUAACAACACAGGCUUUAGAACUUGUAUUGGCCAGUAUUUUAAGCGUUAUUAAAAGGCAGUUAGUCGAUCACUUAACUGGAGGGAAGCAUGCUGAUCCCAAUGAGGAUUUGAUGCUGAUUAGUCAAUCUGUUCCUAAAACAAAUCAAUCGAAUGAAUCAAAUUUUGGUCAGUUAGACAGAAUUAAAAGAUUCAAACCUAAUGCAACUACGGCUCACAUUGAAGGAAUGGUUUUAUAUGUUAAUAAUAAAACUUCUGAUUGGCUUGACACUCAAUGUAAUGAGGCUGAUAUUAUGCAAAAAGUAUCUAAAUUGUUGCCAAAAUUUAUAGAAAAGUGGCGACAAAGAUCCAAAGAUAUAAAAAACAAAAGAAUUGAAAUGUUACAAAUAAGAGCCGAUGAAAUCAAAAGAAAAAAAAUGAAAAAAAUUGCAGAGAAACAGAAGAUAAUAGAUAAUAUAUUAAGAUAUGGACAAUGCAAAUCUGAAACUGAUGUUAAAAAACUUCUAUCAAAAUUUAAAACUUCUCACAUGAAAAUUGUUGCUUUAAAAUUUCAGUUAAAGUACUAUAAAUGUGUUUUAAGUUUUGAAGCAAAUAAUGUGUUGUACAGGUUUUCAACUGAAGGAAAGGCAUUAAGUAUAGACAUGUUAAAAAACAAUCUUAUCCAAAUAAUCCAAAAGUAUUCUUGUAACAUACAUGUUGGUGUAGAAAUUGACUUGGAUGUCCCUAGGAAAGAAGAAAAUUUAAGACCAUUAACAGAAAGAAAUCAAUUAUUAAAGUCAGAAAAGGACAAUUUGAAAAAUGUCAGGGUUGUGAAAAAACAAAGCACAGUUUUAAACAUAAAUCGUGAACAUAAUUCCAACAAAACAAAUAAUUCCAACAAAACAAGGAAACGUAAGCUAGAAAAUGAAAAGGAAGUAACUUCAGCUGUUAAAAAACAUAAGAGAAGCCAUGAUGUCAAAAUCAAUGCAAAUAUGACUUUUAUUAGCAAUUACAAAGAUUUCAAAGUAAAUCAGUGGAUUGCUGUCGCAGGUCUUUCAGAUUGGUACAUAGGUCAGGUCGAAGAAAUUUUAUCAAAAGAAACUGCUACUGUAAACUUUAUGGAACGGUCUAGUACAAAUACAUGUACAUUUAAGUGGUGUUCACCACCAGCAGUUGAAACUACUUAUAUUAAAACUGUUAUUCACUUCGAUUUUGAUAAUGAAAUCGGACCAAAUGAUUCUUCUCUUAGAUCAUGGAAGCUGGAAAAAAAAUGUUUACAAACAAUCACUACAAAAUAUAGAAAUUACUGCUCUAGUUCUAACUGAAUGUGAAAGUCUAGUUUUUUUGUUGAUAGUGUUGUGAUGUUCUUCUUACUCACAGGUCUUAUUUAUAGUUAAUUAUUAAUAAAUUUUUGGUAAUUCAAUUUUCUGAUUUUAAUAUGCAUUUUUUUUUGAGGUUUUGCAUUGAAAAAAAUAUUUGAAAAAAGGUGACAA